UUUUAACAUUUUGACAAAAUUAAAGUGGAGAGAGAGAGGGAAUAAAGUAGGAAGAGUUGGGGGAGCAUUUUGCCGAUUUCCAAACAGAAGAGGCAACAGAGAGGUUGAAAAUCACACCCAACAAAGGCUUCCCCACACCAUCUUCUUCCCCACAAGAGAAUGAACUUUUCCCUGUUCCUCUACUACCGAACACGCUUACUAAACUACGCCCCCUCCCCCUCUUAACCUACGCAUCCCUCCCCACUCCAUCUAUAAGACUAGGUUUUUUUUCCUUUUCUCUCUCUCUCUCUCUGGAGUCUGCGCCUAGAGCUUGGAGGACCUUUUCCCAGACCAAGGCUCCGAUUGCGAAGAAGACGAAGAGGGUUCGGGGUUCCGGCUGGGGUUAGGGUUAGGGUUUUUGAGAGAUGUGGGAUGCUUCAGGCAUUGAUGAAUAUGAUCUCUCUGUGCUGGAAGCCAUUCGGCGGGCAGGACGGCGGUGAGAGAUUCGAUUCCGUCUCCGUGAUCGGCAGCCACUCUGGCGGUGGAGGAAUUGAAGGUAGAGAUGGAUUACUUUGGUCCCGCGAUAUGGGCAAGUGCGCGGCCGGGGAUUUCUCCAUGGCCGUGGUCCAGGCCAACCAGGUCCUCGAGGAUCAGAGCCAGAUCGAGUCUGGACCCUUCGGGACCUUCAUCGGCGUCUACGACGGCCACGGUGGUCCUGACGCCGCUCGCUAUGUUUGUGAAAACUUGUACAGGCAUUUCCAAGCAAUAGCAGCUGAGACGGAGGGAGUUGUGACUACCGAUACCAUUCAAAGAGCUUUCCGUGAGACAGAAGAAGGGUUUACUGCUCUUGUGUCACGGUUAUGGAGUACCCGACCCAGCAUAGCAACAGUUGGGUCAUGCUGUCUAGUUGGAGUUAUUUUUCAGCGGACUCUCUUCAUUGCAAACCUUGGAGAUUCGCGUGUUGUGUUGGGCAAGAAAGUUGGUAACACUGGAGGAAUUGCCGCAAUACAGUUAUCAACAGAACACAAUGCUAACAUCGAAGCUGUCAGGCAGGAGCUUAAGGAGUUGCACCCCAAUGAUCCUCAAAUCGUUGUUCUCAAGCAUGGUGUUUGGAGAGUAAAAGGAAUUAUCCAGGUUUCUAGAUCCAUAGGUGACGUAUAUCUGAAAUAUUCACAGUAUAAUAGGGAACCGAUAAAUGAAAAAUUCAGACUUCCUGAACCAAUGAACAUGCCAAUCUUGACUGCAGUUCCAACUAUUAUUUCUCAUCAGCUCCAUCGAGACGAUUCUUUCCUUAUAUUUGCAUCUGAUGGUUUAUGGGAACACUUGACCAAUGAAAAGGCUGUGGAUAUUGUUCACAGUCAUCCACAAGCAGGAAGUGCCAAAAGGCUUGUCAAGGCUGCGCUACAAGAAGCGGCAAGGAAACGAGAAAUGAGAUACUCAGAUCUUUGUAAGAUUGACAAGAAGGUUCGGCGCCAUUUUCACGAUGAUAUAACUGUUAUUGUUUUGUUCUUAAACCACGACCUUAUAUCCAGAGGCUUUGUUCGAGAUCACUGAUAAUGUAAGGAAAACAAACACGUUUUCGCUUCAUCUUAUUUUGGCCAACAUCCAUGAAAAAAACGAAAACAAGAAUACCCCACACAACCGCCAGAAGACAUGUUAUGGUGCAUGGGGUGAAGAGCAGAGCAGAGCAGAGCAUCACUGACAUGGAUACUGAUAGUGAGAUUACUUUAUCUGAAGAGGCUUUUGAAAAAUUUGUAUAAUGUUGUUGUGAGAAAUAACUUUUGAUUACUACAAAUACCAUGUUAUACCCUGAUAUAGUUUAUUUAAAAUGCACGUUUCCCCUUUGAUUUCCAAUCACUUAGACGUGGAAAGAUA